UGCCUCAUUUUUUUUUUCUUUGCUCUGCUCCAAGCCUCCAAGAAAACUGCGUAUUUGUCGUCAGUAAACUGAAAUCCACACGUUUCUCCUUCCUUGUUCUCGUUAAUGGCGAUCGGCAAUAGUGCGCCACUCUCUCUAUCUUGUUCACCCCUCAUAAGGAAUCAAGUCCGCUCUUCGUCGUUUUGUCAACAAUUGCACGGAACCCCACUCCGAAACUAUGGUACCUUUCCCUCGCAAUCUAGAAAAGUGACGGGGGAUCGAGUCUCUUUGGGUCGAUACAGGUUUUCAUCUUUGAAGAAGAAUCCAACUCGGUCCUUUAAGGUGUUCUGCCUUCGCAAUUACGGAACAGCGGUGGUUACUCAAAACUCCUGGGAUGAAUUAGUUCUGAAAAGUGAUAUUCCUGUCCUUGUGGAAUUCUUUGCCAGUUGGUGUGGUCCCUGCAGGAUGGUGCAACGGGUAGUUGAUGAGAUUGCAGAAGAGUAUGCUGGAAGAAUCAAAUGCUAUAUACUUGAUACAGAUCGUGACAUGCCAGUUGCUGACGAGCAUGGCAUCAACGCGGUUCCUGUGGUUUUGCUGUUCAAGAAUGGAGAAAAACAAUACUCUUUUGUUGGUACCCUGUACAAGGAGACUUACGUGGAAGCCAUCGAGAAGCUUCUGUCCUAAGGUUGCCAUGGUGCAUUCUGGCCUGUAAGGUUUUCUUGAUUUUUCAGUUGGGUGAUUGUUUAACAGUUAGUACAUUUUAUACGCUUAUACUUACUAGAGGUGUCAUCCUGUAAGGAUGUCAAUCUAAUAUACUUAUUUUUUGGGCGGGAUUGACUGGCCUUCUCAUUUUAUACCCAUAUUCAUCCCUUGGAGACUACUUACUACACUGUACACUGUCAACUUUGUCUCCUUGUAAUCUGAAUUGAAUUUUAUUUCUAUGUAGACCAUCCUCUGUUAACAAGUACAUAGUUGAUCACUCUGACCAAUGUUGUCUCUUUUUUUCUCAUUGAAAGUUUGAAACUGAGGCUGAGAAUUGAUUCGA